GGAGCGGACGCUGUUCGUGAGGAAAACACCGCACACAUGAAGGAACCGUCGCGGAUUACUAUCACAUAUUCCUAAGGUUGAUUACAGCUACUUAUCCAAUAACACAUCCCCUCUUUGCUCUCGCACCGUCGCUGUGGGUCUUUCAAUCGGAGGGCUUGCCUGUUUUUCCUCCGGGAGGCUGAAUGGAAGCAGAGGGAGCGGUCGGGCUGUCGGAGGCCGGGGACGGGAGCCCGCUGUCCGGGGACGCAGCAUCCGAUGAUGGGGACACGGUCGUCGGAGUUAGCUACGGCAUGGACGCCGGAGACAUGGAUGCUGCUGCUAGAAAAGCCUUCAUCACCGAGAUGCCCUCGUCCUCAGGCCAGCCUGGUCAGGGGAAGAAGAUUGGCCACAGAGGAGUCGAUGCAUCAGGGGAAACUACUUACAAGAAGACCACAUCCUCAGCCUUGAAAGGAGCCAUCCAGCUGGGCAUCGGUUACACAGUGGGCAACCUGAGCUCCAAGCCUGAGAGGGAUGUGUUGAUGCAGGACUUCUACGUGGUGGAGAGCAUCUUUUUCCCCAGUGAAGGCAGCAACCUCACUCCAGCUCACCACUUCCCAGACUUCCGCUUUAAAACCUACGCUCCUGUGGCCUUUCGCUACUUCAGAGAAUUGUUCGGCAUCAGGCCGGAUGACUACCUGUACUCCCUGUGUAAUGAGCCUCUGAUCGAGUUGUCCAAUCCCGGGGCGAGUGGCUCGGUCUUCUAUCUCACGAGGGACGACGAGUUCAUCAUCAAGACUGUGAUGCACAAGGAGGCUGAAUUCUUACAGAAACUGUUGCCUGGAUACUACAUGAACUUGAAUCAGAACCCUCGCACUUUGCUGCCCAAGUUCUUCGGCCUCUACUGUGUCCAGUCGGGCGGGAAGAACAUCCGCUUGGUGGUGAUGAACAACGUCCUUCCCCGCGUAGUUCGCAUGCACCUCAAAUACGACCUGAAGGGCUCCACCUACAAGAGGCGAGCAUCCAAGAAGGAAAGAGAGAAGGCCAGGCCCACUUUCAAAGACUUGGACUUCAUGCAAAACCUGCUGGAGGGUCUGAUGCUGGACCAGGACACUUACAACGCGCUGGUGAAGACCUUACAGAGAGACUGCCUGGUGCUGGAGAGCUUUAAGAUCAUGGACUACAGUCUGCUGCUCGGGGUUCACAACAUGGACCAGGCGGAGAGGGAGAGGCAGAUGGAGGGCUCCCAGGGCGAGAGCGAUGAGAAGAGGCCCGUGGCCCAGCAGAAGGCCCUGUACUCCACCGCCAUGGAGUCCAUCCAGGGGGGGGCGGCCUGCGGGGGGACCAUCGACACCGACGACACGAUGGGCGGUAUCCCAGCUUGGAAUGGAAAAGGAGAGAGACUUCUUCUCUACGUUGGAAUCAUCGACAUCCUGCAGUCCUACAGGCUAAUCAAGAAACUGGAGCACACAUGGAAGGCUUUGGUUCAUGACGGGGACACCGUGUCUGUCCACCGGCCAGGCUUCUACGCCGACAGGUUCUUCAAGUUCAUGAGCAGCAACGUUUUCAAGAAGAGCUCCUCUCUGAAGUCCUCUCCAUCUAAGAAGGGUCGCGUGUCGUUGUCGGUGCCUAAGUGUAUCGGCCCCGGUGCCGCCUGGUCAGCCAGCCAGCUGCCGUCUGAGAGAGACGAGAACAUCUACGACCUGAGAGGAGCUCGCAGCUUCCCCACGCUGGAGGAUGAAGGCCGAGCAGACCAUCUUCCAUGCACUCCUCCCUCGUUUGAAGAGGCCACCACAGCGUCUAUUGCCACCACUCUCUCUUCCACCACCUCUCUGUCCAUCCCCGAGAGAUCCCCCUGUGACACCGCCGAGCACCCCCGAUACAGGAGGCACACCCAGUCUCUCAGCCACGACGGGAGGACCCAGGAGGAGAUGCGCGUGCGUGAGGAGGAUCAGCAGACCAUCACAGUGGAGGUGGAGCUGAAGAGACACGACAGUGAGCCCACCAUCUCCGUUCCACAGCCUUCACCUGAAGCCAGCGAGGUUCAGGAAGGUGCUGGAGCAGAGGCAGCCGCUGCAGCAGCUCCCUCCAGCUCUUCAUCAGCACCCGAAGCAGCUGCAGCCUCCUCCUCCUUGACUGCCCCCGCUGAUCCCUUCUCUCCCGGGGCAGCCGGUGAAGCCCCCCCCAGUCCCAAGGUGGUGGUGGUGGAGGCAGACAGGGCCAGCCAGGUGUCCGGCUCCGGCUGCACCAGCCAGGCCUCGGUCGACGAUGAAGACGACGUGCCAAUCACAGAUAUCUACUUUCCUCAAGACGACAGGACCUGGGUGUACUCUCCGCUACACUAUGGCUCAGAGUCUAAGGCCAUGCCAGAUGGGGAUUGGGAAGGAGAGACAUAAACCCUGUUCUCUGGCAGAGAGGAGCGAACGUCUCAGUGGAGAGGACUCGUCGGUCUGAAGUCCGGACCUCAGCGGUAGCAGCAGGAUCUCUGUCUGAACCAGGAUUUAAAACAUACAGAAACUGAACACACUGAGGGAAAAGUGACUUGCGUACCAGAGAGGGAAAAAAAAUCCUGACAGUGGGGAACGUCACUGAUUUCCAACCAUCCCUGCCUUUCACCCUUGACGAAAAAGAAAAUUAUACCGAUUUAAUAAUAAUGUGUAUGUGUGACUUACAGUAGUGUGUGUACGGCUGUAGUCUUAAGUGUUUGAAAUACAUGACAGACCAUAGUAACUUACUGUGCCUAUGAGAAGUAUUCACUCCACUUGGAAGGUCUCAUGGCCACAUUAAAACUUCAAUGUUAUAAGAACAAUAAAACAUGAUUACUUCCAAGUGAUGUAAAUUAUUUUUAAAGGCAUAGAGUAUGUUCUAGUUCCCACAAGCACAGCACUCUAACAGGCUUUACAGGCUUGCCCUCUCACUCUGCAGGGCAGCACACUGAACUGUGCAUGUUGUAGAUUUAUCAGGAUAAGCCCAUCAACCCUCCUUGGUACUGACUUUACUCUCACCUAGCAUCAAGGUAUCUUUCAACAACUAAAUGAAAGAAACACAGAAGGUUAGACUUCAUGACAUGAUUUUGGGUUAAGAUUGGCCUUUAAACUCACAAUGUUGCUCCUGCACGUGGUCACAUGGAGAUAUCAUUGUGCUGAUGAGGAGUGAGUGUUCAGGCCUGUGCUGUUGGAGGGUUGUGCUUGUGCGCAUAGAACUGGAGUGUCAAUAAUAACCAUUGUUCGGCCAAUCACGUAACAUCUAGACCUGUCCUCACAUUUCCAGUAGGGAUUUCAUGCAGCUUAUUUUACAGAGGGAAGAAUUUAAACGCAUAAUUUCAUUAGUCAAUAUACACAGUGAUGACGACGUGUUUCAUUCAUAGCAUAAUAAUGUAUUUAUAUCAAAUGUUUUUUGUAACUUUUCUUCUUUUACUUCUGUGAGCCUUUAUUUAUUUUUUCUGUUUGUAUUUUUAUUAUAACUUUUACUGUUUGCUGGUAUUUAAAACUUUUAAUUGCUUAAAUGUUUUUGUUUUACUUUGCAUCCAAAGACUUUUUCAUUUUUGCUUUGAUAAUUUCAAUCCUGCAGCUUUUUUUGCUUUUGCUUUCACAUCACGUUUGUCGAUUUCAGUCAGUGUUACUACUUUUUCCACUACAGCUCUUGUUUAGAAACGAAACAGGGCUUAUGACGUUAGCCUUCGAAAUAGAAAGGCAUUAAUUGCAACACUAAGGCAGCAGACAUUGUCAGUCAUUAUGGUCACAUUCAUAUCAUUGCAAUGUCUUCCAGUGUUGCCCUAUUGUUGGACAGAUGCACACAAAUCAUAUAUAACAAUAACACAUGUAUUUUAUUUUAGGUUGGGGGGGGGGAAAAGCAUAUCAGUGACAGAUGCUAUAUCUGUUCGACAUCCUCAGAAUAAGAAAAAUCUAUUGACAGGUUAUUUCCAAUGUUUGUAGAUGUAGAGCAUCAGUUGUAAGUAUUUGCAGUUGAUAUUGUACCUGUUAUCUGUAUAUUUGAAUGAACACAGUAUGCUGCAGUGUGGGGAGACACAGCAGUUUGUAAAUGGGUUGAAUGUUGUUUGCACUUAUCAAGAGGACCUGAAGAUAAAAUAGUGAAAGAGGCCAAAUAAAACAUGCAUCACAUUAUCUUCAUUUCUGCUCACACAGGCUGAUAUGUGGCAGCAUUUCUUUAAGGAUUAUCAAGUGUGUGUGCGUGUGUGUGUGGUGAAGUCAAUCACAGUCAUUGUAGCGUUAGUGUUUACUGUCGUCUCUCUGUGGUUGACAUCGUAGGACUCUCAAGUUCGACAAACUGAUUUUUUAUCUAACUUCAGAAACUGUAUCUUCAGUGGGUCGGUGUGUGUUAGUGAGGGAGGACACAUUAAUGUCGGACAUUGUGAAGUAGAAAUCAGUUUGUUCCCAUGACGUGCAGUGGCCAUUUGUAAUCAGUUUGCUGUUGUUUAUCAGAUGGAAACCAUAGCAGCAAUAUUUUGUAAAAAAAGAAAGUCUAGCUUUUACGUUUUUAUUGCCUUAUUGAGAAAAUCAACAUGUAGGCCUUUCGUUUAUAUUUUUUUCACUUGUGCUGUUGUAUUUAUUUUUAUUUCUCAUAGUUGUGCUCCUGCGAAUGUGUACAUAAAAUUAUAAAUACAUAUAUAAAGAUAUACAAAUAUAUUUUCCAUUUGAAUCGGAGAAUAUUAUUUUUAUUUGGUUUUAUUUUUGCUGCUGGGCAAGAAAUGAUUGCAAUCUACAUAAUUUACUGUACCAUAUUCUUCAGUGUGUUUAUGGAGAUGCAGCUGAUGUAUAUUUAUGGUCUAUAAACCACAGCUGUUUCUUUGUAAGAUAUCCAACAUUGAGAGAUUUGUGGGUUUUACUGUACAUGCAAAUCAAUAGGGAUUCUUCCAACUGUUCAGCUGUGUUGUGUACGUGUUUUAAAAUCGCUGUGUGCCCUCAUCUAAUAGGGAGAGUCCUUUACAGAGACAUAGCAUGAUUUCAAAAAUGAAUAUGCAUAUCAGAAAUGUGUAUUUAUGUAUAUCUGUGUAUAUUCAUCUAUUUAUACGUGAGGAUAAAUAGAUGGCUGUAUGUGUGUGUGUUUUGAAUCAAUCAGAAUGAAUACAAAAUAAAGCAGUUCUAU